AAGGACAGAUAAGAACUCGUCCCAGUAUCUUCCGCUGUCUACGUUCAAGAUUUAAGAUCAAACGCGAAUAAUCUCUGCUUCCAGUUUCUUCCUCCAUCAAGAUCCCGCGAAAAUGAACGACGCAGAUGUGUCCAAACAGAUCCAGCAGAUGGUGAGAUUCAUCCGCCAAGAGGCGGAGGAGAAGGCCAACGAGAUCUCGGUUUCCGCCGAAGAGGAAUUCAACAUCGAGAAGCUGCAGUUGGUGGAGGCGGAAAAGAAGAAGAUCAGACUGGAGUAUGAGAAGAAGGAGAAGCAGGUCGAAAUUCGAAAGAAGAUCGAGUACUCUAUGCAGCUCAACGCCUCCAGGAUCAAAGUCCUUCAAGCUCAAGAUGAUGUGGUAAAUUCCAUGAAAGAGGCUGCAUCAAAGGAGCUUCUGAACGUGAGUCAAGAUCACCAUGUUUAUAAGAGGCUCCUGAAAGAUCUUAUUGUUCAGAGUUUGAUUAGACUGAAAGAGCCUGCUGUCUUGCUGCGUUGUCGCAAAGAUGAUAUUCAUUUGGUGGAGUCUGUACUGAAUUCUGCAAAGGAGGAAUACUCGGAAAAAGUAAAUGUUCAUCCACCGGAGAUAAUUGUUGACAGUGUCCAUCUUCCACCUGCUCCGUCCCACCACAAUGCUCAUGGUCCUUUCUGCUCUGGAGGCGUAGUGUUGGCUUCUCGAGAUGGAAAAAUCGUGUGUGAGAAUACCCUGGAUGCCCGAUUGGAUGUAGUAUUUCGUAAAAAGCUUCCAGAGAUCCGCAAGUGGCUCUUUGGUCAGGUGGCUGCAUGAAGUGUGAAGGAUUGUACUGUUUCUCAGCACCGCUUUGGGUUUAUUUAAGUCCUAAGCUUAGUUAUUGGUCAAUGGACAUAUAGAAUAGUGUGAAAUUGUUUGUUCAUAAAUAUCAUUUUCAUCUUUGCUGAACUGUUUAUUUGCUGAAAAUUACUGAAUCUUCCCUUUAGAAGUUUGGCGCUUAUGACAUUUUCGGCAUGGUUGCGGAACUCUGUUCGAAUAAUGAGCAACAAUAAGAUGGCAUUUGUUUA